ACUUGAACUUAAUUCAUUACCGGAGAAUUACGAUGCAAUAAUUUCAUCAAGACAGUUGCCACAUGUGUCUAAAAGCAGUUCCAAUCUGUAAAAUAUGAAGGAAGGCUCAAACUUUCACCAUGGUAACCCAAGGUGAGUUUCAUUGUACAGAAAUACAGAGGAUAAAUAAUAGAUUCCAUUGAAUUCACUCUCUAAGCCUCAUAGGUGGGAGUCUACUGUGUUUUUUUCUAUUCUUAUUCAAAUUUACAAGCAAUUAAUAUGGUGAUUGCAACAUUUUAGCCUUACAGGAAGGAACGUAGAAAGAGCCUUAGAUUGUGACAAUAACAAAUAAGCCGCAGUGGCGAGGAUUAAGCAAAGUAUACACAUAUAAACCAAUAUCAACCAAUACAGCAUGACUAGUGAGAAGAAAUCGGUCUCGGAAGACAGCAACAUGACAGAUUACGCGAAUCUGGCGUUUAAUCCGUACGCUAUUAGCACAGAUGAUUUGACUUUUAGUACAUUUGGUGGUGGUGAGCCGACAAAAAAUGGCAAACCGAUGGAAAAUGGUGGUUUUGAACCUGAAUCUUUUGUUGAAACGAAUCCACACUAUGAGGACACCGCUGAAGUAGUAGAAAAAGCUGGAUUGGGCGGCACAGGCCGUAGGAAGAAAGAAAAUGUCGUCUAUGAGGCUGCCGGUUAUAAGAAAAAACCAAAGAGCGAGAAACGGCCUGAACCACCUAGAAUCCGAGCUUCGAAUUUACCGCCACGUCCAGCUGAAGACUGGAGUGGUAUAGCGAAGAAUACUAAUAAUACAAGAUGGAAGUUACCAUUUCUUAUACUAUGCAUACUUGUUGUGAUCUGUCUCGUUGGCACACCUCUUGGAGUAUUGGCUUAUUUCAAUGAUGAGGAAUGUUCGUGUAAUAAUAACUCACCACAAACACAGCAGCUAACUCAAGGUAAGCGAAGAUGUAGUUUCGUAUAUGGAUCGGCAUAUGUAUAUAUAUUUGAUAAAGAUGAAUGAUUCCUAUAUAUACGUUGUCGAUAUUUAUAAGACUAUAGCAACUACUUAUUUGAGUAUUAUCAAAUGGCUCGAUCAAAGAAAUGAAACAGAAUUUCAAAUCUCACGAUGUCACCUAGCAUUUAACAUUCUUCAAAAAUGUAUCAAUUUGGUACAUAAGUUUAGAAUGAAUCUGCUAUAAUGUAAAAAUUAUACUUUUCAUGAUAGUAAGGAGUAUAGAAGAUUCAUGAAGAACAAAGAGCUUUAUGGGUUUUUUUUGUCAAAAUAUUUUACUUAACCAAAGAAGAGUAACUACAAUGAACGUAAUAACUACUAAUCGAUGACGGGUUUGAUAAUUUCAUGAUAGGAUAAUUUUGUUUCCAGGUAGAUUUUGGCUCAACCAAUUGUUUAUUGGUGAAUCUGACCCUGUAACUCGAGAGUAUGUUUAAUGUGCUCGCAAUUAAAAAAUCAUGCAAUAUGAACAUUAAAUCACAAUGACUUUACUAAUGGAAUGCAAAGAUAUUAAACACUAUAUUACCGUUAACCUGUAAUCUCCUUGACCAUAUUACAUAUAGCUUAUAAUUUACACAAGAAAAAAGAGUUGUGCCAUUCAAUUUAAAUUUCGAUUCAAUCUCUUUAUAACUGAAAGUGAAAUUACCCUAGUCAAUAACUUUUAUGUACAUGGUCACCGCGCGCAGAGGAAAUCAUUAGCUGUACUCAUUCAUAUUCCUUUUCGAUUGUAACUACAUGAUUUUCCGUAUACACAUUUUGUUAAAUAAAAUUUGUUUAAUUGUAAUUGGUUCCGUGGUUCAAAAUCCUACAAGAUCUACAAAAUACAAACACUAUAUGUCUUUGAGCAGCAUCAAUUAUAUGGUAAUAGUAAACUCCAUUAACAAUGCUUGUAUGGAAAUAGCAUAUAAUGAUAUAAAGAAAACGCGACAAUUAUUUCAAAAAUGUCAUUCCCCAACAAAAAACUGAAAGCACACGGAAAAUUAACUGGAUCCUAAUUAGAAAGAUAAUAUGGGUGAAAAAUUUUGGGUGGUAAGAGUUUCUAAUUUCACAAAAAUCUGUAAUAACUUGCAAAAUAUGGACAUCGUCAUGUCCACGUCGUCGAAGUUGCUAGCGACAUUAAAAGUAAUCUGCAUUCAUGCGUUAAAUGAAAGAACUAUUAUUAGGUCAUAUAUAGAAGAUUUUUUCUGAGUGAAUUAAGUUGUCAUUCACAAUUAUUUAGGCUUUUCCGUAUAUAGUAUGAACAUGAAAUUCGUGUUUAACACGAAAUAUAACAAGUAAAUAGGUUAAUUUGUUUGCUCAUUUAAGAAAAAACGCCGAAUGUUUGCUUCGAGUUUAUUAUAAUGACGUAGCUAUAUAAUAUAGGAAGAAAACACUCGACUGUCGCGGCGACCGCCUAAUCUAAAAAUAUUUCGAUAUAAUUCCCCCCUCGGAGUUUAGCUGAUCCUACAUUUCUAUUUUACCAAAAAGUUAGGGGAUGGGAUUUUAUGUUACAGGUCUACAUAAUUACAUACAGACUGACCACAAUAUUAAAACAUGCUUUGCCCUCCUGAAUCUAUUUUGGUGGCGGUCUCGACCAGUCUCGUGCUUAAUAGAAGGCGGUAAACAAACUUACAAGUGCUUGCUUGCUACACUUUUCCGGUUUCAACUCGACAAUACUCAAUAGACAAUACAUGCAAGGCUGAGAGAAAACACGCAAUUAAAAGUUUUUGAUAGGCGAGGGUGGUGUACGUAGACUGUAGUGCAUGCAUAUACAUAUAUUAGACAACUUAUAUGCUGCAUGGUCAGUGCGGAAAAUCCCGAGUUAGGAAUUCGUAUACAAUGCAUGCGAUCGACAAGACGAUAUAGCCUGCGUGCAGCCUGACUUUCCGAUGGAGAAGGGGGGAAAGUCAGGCUGAACGCAUGCGAUCAAUUACUAACGCCCGUAUUCUAAAAGCUCACUCACACUCACACUCAAUGAGUGGAAGUUCAAUCUGAGCUUCUCUCGAGUGUCAAUGCUGUUUUUGAAUAGCUGGAAGGUUAGUGUCGUAUCUUACUAUGCGACUACUCACCCUCCAGCUAUUCAAGAACAGCAUUGACACUCAAGAGAAGCUCAGAUUGAACGUCCACUCAUUGAGUGUGAGUGUGAGUGAGCUUUUAGAAUACAGGCCUCGUCUAUAAUGUACUUUAUCUAUAUCCAUAUACUCUGGACGUCUGGUUUAGUUUUCCUGGUUAACGUAAAAAUAACCCUAUUUGGAUUAACAUUCCCGGUUAAAUUUUGUAGUUAUAUUUCAACGGUUUUCCUACUAAGUUAGUAGAGUCUGGUUCAUUUAAAAUAAAAACUCAAUUUAUACAAUUCUCAUUAAAAACUGAUAAUCAGUCGAUGCAACCAUCUACAAUAUAUAUAAAUUAAUAAUCAAUAAAUAAAGUUUACAUUAUUAUCACUAUAUAUUAUAUAGAGAAUAAUACAUGGGUGCUUGGAAAUACCAGAUUUAUUAACACGAGAAAUAAAUCUGGUAUUUCCAAGCACCCAUGUAUUUUUCUGUUUAUUAUAUAAAGGACAGUCUUUGAAAAGCGAUAAUUUUUACAGAAAAGCAAUAAUUGAAAAGCGAUAAUUUUCACAUGUGAGAUUAUCUUGAAUAAUCUCACAUGUGAGAUUAUCACUUUUAUCAGUGCUCGAAAUCUCUAUAAAGCACUGAUACUUUAUAUAAUAAUAUAUAUAUAAAUAUAUACUCGCAGUCCAUGCCGGCACUUUAUCACUUAUCAGAUAUAAAACACUCGGCUGUCGCUUCGCCUUCGUGUUUCAUGUCUGAUAAAGCACGUACUCCUGCUAGUGUUUUAAAUAUAGUAUAUACUUAAGUUAUAUAAAUUUUAAAUAUUAUACAAUCUAUACAAUCCAAUCUAGGUAAUGUAUAAUAUUCAAUUAAAUCCGAUAAUCAAUAUGAUUUCCAAUAUUUGAAUACACUCAAUAGUGAUUGUGAGGGCGUAUAAUCGUGUAUCGUCAUCUUGCCAGGAUAUACAAUGCACGCAACGCACGUUUUAUCUACCACACCUAAGCAUAGAGUAAAAAUGCAUGCAAGAUGUUUUGUUCUUCGCCCACACAAAUGAGAGAACACUUGAUUACCAAGCAACAGACCUAUGGAAUAGGCCGAGUAUGCUGUAAGCAGUUGAAGUGUUUUGGCAACGGACUCGACCUGUGUUUUAUAUGGCGGAAUGUCUCAUGGUCAGAAGAAAGUUCCUUUAUAUGAAUUGAAAACAAUUAAUACAAUUGGCAAUUAUUUUUUUAGUUAUAUUUAAAUUUGAGUUAUUGGCUAUGGAGGGUAUUGUUUUCUAACAAUUAUAAUGCAGUGCAUUUGAACGAACUUUUAUUUAAUUAAGAGGCAACUUUUUUCAAUGUCACGUAUUCGCAAUGAAAAGUGUUCAAAACCUAAAAUCUUUUUGGCGUUCCUCUCAAAAUUACUUUGUUUUAGCUUUAUUCUCUAGUUUAUAGAGUUAGCUACCUUUUUAAAUGCAUCUUCCGGUUGAGAAACAUAAAAUAAUAGUCAAAAAUUGUCAAUCAAAAUACAAUUAUCAAUCAUGUUGCUUUAAAAUUGACGCCAUAUUUACAGCCAUAUAAGCAAAACUUACUGAACUUCAGACAUCAUUUUCUCUUUGGCGUAUCAUCUAAAAUCUCUUCAUUUUAGCAUUAUUUUACAGAUAAAACACUAAACCGAUACUUUUUAAGUUUGUUUGCCGAUUGAGAAACGUAUCGAAAAAUAAAAAUUUUGAAUUUAUAGUCAUAUUAACCUCAAGUGAUAUAUUAUACGCAUUAGUUUUGAGCGCGUGUUACGUAACAUACAAAAAAAAUCACCACUAUGCUUCUUACGCUAAGUCAAUUAUAAAACCAAACACCAAAAUUUUUUGUGUCACUCCGCACAUAACUUAAAGGUUUGUAGUUGCCCUUAAAUUUCAUCAUUUUUGUUUAGGAGGCAAUUACACAUCUCGACUAAACGAUGUUGAAAAUGAAUUUGCGAAAAACUUUCGAGAGAUAUUUGCUAGACUUGACACGAUGAAUGCGGUUCUGGACGAUCUUCAGAGAACACAACGGAUCCAAGAGGAAAAGGUAUAUGUUGCGAUAUAACAAUUUUCGAGAUAUGGGUGUUUAUAAUUAUUUCUUCUUUUGUUAGAAUACUUAUAAUAAUAAUAAUAAUAAUAAUAAUAAUAAUAAUGGAAACUUUAUUACUUUCAAUAAUAUAUAUAUACACACUACAAUGAUAAACCUCUCUUUACAGGUAGUGUACCAGUGUCUACUUGAAUUAACACUCUACAUAAUAACAAUAUUAGUAUGACAUUAGUUGUGGGUUAUCCCAUUCUUUGUUACGCUUACAGAAUAUAUAAUACGAGGACCUGAUACAUAUGUUAAUAAUUUUCCGAACAUAGUACUUUCUACAUUGUUCAUCAAACUUUAGAUCCUUCAGCAUUUCGGUGAAAUCUAGCGACGGGUGGCUGAAAACUCCUAAUGAGCUAAUCGAUAAAUUUACAAAUUUCACUUUUUCAUAAUUUUUGAGCUGUUCGUUAAUUAGAUCUUGAUAUUUUUGUCUUUUUCGAGUUGCAUAAUAAUAAUAAUAAUAAUAAUAAUAAUAAUAAUAAUAAUAAUAAUAAUAAUAAUAAUAAUAAUAAUAAUAAUAAUAAUAAUAAUAAUAAUAAUAAUAAUAAUAAUAAUAAUAAUAAUAAUAAUAAUAAUAUCAGGAAGCUCCACUAUAUAAUCAGGAAGCUCCACUCACCGAAGUGUUUUUCAGGGAGGUCCUGUAAAGUGUAAAUAACAAUAAUAAUACUAAUAAUACUUGAGUGUAAUAAUAAUAAUAAUUAUAAUAAUUAUAAUAAUACUUGAGUGUAAAUAACUUUAUUAUAUAUAAACUUAAUUUAACUUAUAAUGGUAUGGUAAAACUUUAUUUAAACACGCUAUAGCCUCGAUCAACGUGAGCUGCUUUUCAUGAGGGGCGUCACACAAUAACUAUUUACAAAUUAAAGAAUAUAUGCACAUUAAACUAUAUACAAGUUAAACUAUAUAGAAAAACAAGGAAGCAAAGGAUAAUAGAAAAGGAAUUAUAUAAAAACUUAACAAUUGGUGAGAUCCAAAGGAGGUGUUCAUGCCUGAAGUAUUUUUCUUUUAAACGAAGAAAGGGUUUCAGAAUUUUUUGAAUCCUCAGAAAGAUGAUUCCAUUGCAUGCGGCACCACUAUAUCGAAAAGUUUUCUUUAAAAAUUCACUAUUAGGCUUGGGGGUCUCAAUUCAAAGAAGUACCUUUUAGGUUUCUAGUAAACCUCUAGACCUUACUGUUUAUAUUAUUUUAUGAAAAUACCGACUAUACUCUUGUAAAUCUAUAUGGGCGAAACAAAAAAAACUAAUCGUUGCCUUUUGUGAGCGAAAGUGACACAUCAUAUAGUCAUGCGCGCAAAUAUAUUCCUGAUCCUUGCAUGCUGGUUCCGCAUUCGCAAGAGAGAAGCCUUGCGAUGUAGGCGGAGCGGGGAGGGGGUGGGGGUGGGCGAGUUCUCGAAAGAGAGGGAUUAUUGUUAAGGCGUGGGGGUUGACAACAUGAUAAAAACUUGCAUGGAACAUUCCAGUAUUCAUUUGUGGUUCUAGCACUUAUUCGGUGUUUUUCAAAUGGAAAAAAGAUUUGAAUUUUGAUGUUAAAGCUACAUAAACUAUUUAAUGUUAGGAUCAAAGAGAUCAACUAGUAAUUACUAAAACUAUUAUUGUUGGAAAUAACUAAAAUCCCCUCUCCCGUUCCACUACACCCUAGAACGGCAAAAUAACGACAACGACAAACAAACUCGUUGUAAAAGUUAUUGUAGAGAUGAAACUUGUCGCAUAAUUGUCAACUAAUUCAUUCUUUUACACUAAAUGCAGCGUACCCAAACAAAUGAGACUACGAAUAUGGUACAAAAACAACUGAAGACUGCGAUUCAAACCAUCAACUCAACGUUACAUAUAAAGGUAUUUAAUGUAAAUGCAUGCAUGUAGUUGCAUAUCUUCUUACUUUUGCAAAAAGUUCCCAACUCGUUACAAUAUUCCGAAAGAGGCUUUAUUGAAUAUUGUUUACAGAAUGGGGGUCGGUUGUAUCCACAAUAGAGUUAAAGUUAACUUUAGUUAGUGCGACGGUUAUGCUGACCAAGAAGAUAAUCAAAAUGUAACGAGUGGGGUUUACUGACUGAAGAGUUUUAUACAAUUGCCCAAGGCCAAGUUCGCAACAAAGUUCGAUUUACAGUCUAACAUUAACGAUGGGAAAACCUAUAGUCCUAUACUAUACGAGUUUACUUAGAGUUGUUAAAGUGAUUUACUAUAUUUUUCAUUUAUAGUUACAAAACGUAAACUACAAUGUUUCAUCUUUAAGUAAAGAUAUAGAAGAGGUAAGUGAUGUCAUUUUCACUACACGCAUGCACUCCUCCGUGUUCUAUUAUAGAUCCGGCCAUUCACAUCUAUUGAUUGUUCAGUGGCUUUGUUGCUUAUAAUUAAUUAAAAAAAAACAACAGCACCACCAUGCAUCAACACCACCAACAUCAAUUACACUCUGGUUAACACUCUAUAGUUAAAAUUGCAUCAUGGUUAAAAUUUUCCUGGUUAACAGAGAAACAACCAUAUUUGGUUUAACUUAAAAUUCCUGGUAAAAUGUCUGGGUUAUUUCACUAACCUUUUUUCUACUAUAUUCUAUUAAUAGUUAAUUUGUCCAGAAAACAGAGAACCCUGCAUGGUUAUUUGUCCACCUAUUAACAUAGUCUGGGUAUUUAACAAGAACGUCCUGGUCAAAUAUAGCUGUGGUAGGAAGUGAGAUAAACUAUACCAAGAAAUCAGUUAACCAGGAAUAUUAUAGGUUAACCCAGCAGUAUUAUUUCUAGGUUAAACCAGGAAAUUCUAUCCAGAUUGCUUUUAGACUGAACGAUAACAACAACUGCAACGAUGACGACAGGUUGUAGACAAAUCGAAAAUCAGCCAUUCUACAAAUGUACCCAUAUUUUUAAAAAACUUUCUUCAAACUUUAAAAAUACCACAGAACUUUAUUAUUUUGCAUGGUUUACUAAACUAUAUGAAGUGAUAAAUUUCCACAAUAAUAUAACUAGAAAGACUAUCAGUUCAACCAAUUUCAAUUUAAGUAUCUGUAUGUCACGGGCCAGAAAUGUUCUUCUAUAAAUAGAUAAGUACACUUCGAAAAUCAUUAAUAAUUCAUGAGGAAAACACUUUAUAUGGGAUAGAGAUUUCCCUUGAUUUACAUAAACUUUAACUUUGAUUUUCUGGACUUACACAACCUACUUUUUGAAAAUUACUUCGCCAAUGAAAGUAUACUAGAUCGAUCGUUUUUGAAGCAAUUUAAAACAUUCGCAUGUAGUGCUUAUUUAUCAGCUGACCCUCUCUAUCAGACCUAAAGAUACUCGGAUAUCUGAUAAAACAUUGCUGCUCAUGUCAGUUUUAAAUGGUACUUAAAUAUUUUCAUUUUUUUUCUCUCAUGCAGUUAAGAAACAUCAGCAAACAAAUGGGUCCACGUGGUUUUAAUGGAACACAAGGUCCUCAAGGUCCCCAGGGUUUGUCAGGUCUACAGGGACCCAUGGGAGUACAAGGUGUUGGAAACUUAUCUGCAUGCAUCGUUGAUGAGAAGGUUGUACAUGGUACACUAGCAUUCCAAGGUUUAGGAAAGGUUACAGUUUCUUAUGACAAGAGACCGGUACGUACAACAUUAACAUUCUGUUAGGAAACGUUGAUAAUUAAUAUUUACUUAUAGGGCUGCAUUGAAUCGAGUAAAUAACUAUAGAAAAUAAUAGUUAAUAUUAAUAAAAAUAAUUAUUUGAAUUCUGUUCAAGGACCCGGAUUCAUGGAUUGCCUGGUAUAAAUUCCGGAAACCCGUAGUUUUAAAGGUCCAUUUCCAAUCAGGAAAAUUUUCCGCAGAAAGAAAAUUUUGUAAAAUGUGAUUGACCGACACAAAUUUUUCGUCGCAAAAAAUUUUUGAAGUUGAAAAUUUUCAACUUUUAACAAUGAUGGAAAAUUUUCUUGAGUGGAAAUGGCCUUCAAAUUGUCGUUUAUUAGCCAGUAUAACUCAGGUUAUAAACUUUCGUAUUCACCCAAUUUUUACAAAGGAUAAAAAAUUAGUUUCAGGUGGAUACUGCUAUACUAUAUUUCUGGCCGUCGUGCAUGCAACGUUCAAAACUGCGCUAAACCUGGGUUAAUUAAAAUUUAACUCCUGGUGCUAGUUGUUCAAAGGUGGGUUAGCGCUAAUUAGUAGUGCUGGGUUACUCCUAUCGAUCCACACAAGAUUUCUAAAGAAAUAUUUCCAAAUUUAUAAACAAGCUGUCAGGAAGUUUGCUUUGAAUUUCAGGUUAACCCAGGGUUUGAAGCUAAUCGGCUUUUGAACAACCGGCCCCUGUCGUUUUACUUUCUGUAUUUCUGCACGUCUUUCUAUUUCAAAACUUUAGAAAAUAAAACUUCUAGUCCAGCCUGAUAAGAUUUCUGUAAAAAACAUAUCUCAAGGUUAUAUCUCAAAGUUUGUUUCCGUUACCCGAGGAUUAAACUAAACAGCUUCAAACAACCGGUCCCAAUUGAUCACUUUUAUUUAAUUAACUUAAUUCGAAUUCAUGAAAGGGAAUUUUCCGACGAGUUUAGUCACCGGCUAUCUUCUCUAUACGAUCAAAAUUGACUGAUGCCUGUGAAACAAGCAUGUAUAUAUGUCGAAAGUAAUUCGGUUGGUUUUCUCCCACAGGGAAAGUUGACACAGUUAAUAAAGUAAUAUCACAAUUGUUGUAAAAGAAAAAAUAGUCAAGGCUAAUGAAGCAAUUGGAUGAGCGUAUAAUACUUGAUGUAAAGCGCAUAAUCAGUGAUGUCAAGUAACAAAGUAAAUGUACUUCGUUACUGUACUUGAGUACUAUUUUUGAGAAGUGAGCAUGUAACAAAGUGAACUUUUUCUGGAGUACUUUUACUUGGAACGAAGUCGUUUUAAGAAGUAACGUUUUACUUCGUUAUUUUCAUUUUGUGGCGAAGCAUUUUGUUACUUUCUACUGAAACAUUUGUUUAAUUUUACGUAAUUUAUUCCUGAUUUAUUUUAAUUUUGGGAUAGGUAAUACGACCUCUACAUGCGUCUGGGAUCUCUCGUUUGUGGCUUGCUUAUAAGCAUUAUUUAUUUAAUGGAUUUCUUAUUUCUUCAACGGGGUCUGGAAAGUAGACCAUGCCGUGAAAUAUUGUAUAUUUAUAAUGCGUGCAUGUGCUGUUUUUUUUUUUUUUUCAUCUCAAUCCAUCAAUUAGAUAAUCCCCCCCAUUCUGCAGACAAUAGUACUUUUACUUUGUACUUCAAGUAUUUUUUAAGGAUACUUUGUACUUUUUACUUAAGUACGUUUUGCUUCCAGUACUUUUUACUCUUACCCAAGUCGUUUUAUUGUUAAUUGCUUCUACUUUUACUCGAGUACAAAUUCAAAGUAAUUUAGACACCACUGGAUUUGAUCAUAUCCACAUGUUUCGUAAUGGAUAAAUUAAAAAUUUCUAAAUAUGGUUCUAUUAUUUAGGGCUGGAAGGUCAUGUCGGCCGUUUGUUCAACACGAGUAGAUGCUGGAGCAGUACAUAAUGUUUUAUCAAUAGAAAACAACCAAUAUAAAUGCACAUGCGCUGGGGAGUCAACGUAUUCAUUGUUUAAACCAACUGAAAUUGAUGCUCAAAGCAACAGCAAGAAGGUAGAUUGUGUCAUAAUUUACUGGGAAUGUCCAGAACUCACGUGAUAUUCUGAAAUAUCGUCAAAUUCACGACAAUUCUUCGUUCGCAAGUGACGUCAUUCCAAGUGAUUGGGCGCCAUCUUGGUUUAUUAUAUUCCAUAGUUUAUUUUAGCCAUCAGUGGUUUUAGGAUUUUUAGCCCUUACAUUGAGUGAUGUACAGAAGUAGUUAGACUAAUUAACUAUAGCCCCGUUUAAACUACGCUCGAUUUUUGGUACCGUACCACUUUUUUGGUUCUUGGACUACCUAAAUAGGUAGUCCAAGAACCAAAAAUAUGGUACGGGUACCAAUUUUAUCCGUGCCGUACCAAAAAUUGAGCGUAUAGUGAAAACGGGGCUUAUUUCCUGGUUCGUUUUAUAUAACCAGGAAUGCAGAAAAUAUAAUGCAUUCAUAUUUUGGAAAAAUCGACCAAGAUGGCGCCCUUUGCAAUUCACCUUUGACUUAUUCUACGUGCAAAAUAGCCCACUUGCACCAUGGUCCAAGAUGGCGUCGCUAUUGACGAAAUGGUAUAUAAAAUAAGCGGCAUAAUUUAAUGAAAUUGGAAAUAUAUGCACAGCAGCACAAGGCCCACAAGUCGGCCCAUAUAUCAAAACAAUAGCAACGUCAAUACUCCAAUAGAGUUGUCGUUCUUCAUGUUUAAGCUGCUCCACAGAAGAAAUAUAGAAAAUAUAGAUGCGAUUGCCUACGUCCCCGUUGGAGAAUGAAGAUGAAUAUUUUUUAAAACUGUAAAUUUGUAUAAUUUAUAAUAUCAAAACGUUUAAUCUAAUUAAUAAUACAACAACAAUUAAAUAACAUUAAUGCAUUAACCCAAUAUAAAUAACUGUAGCUCAUUUAAUGAAAAUACUUGUUUGUAGAUGUGUUUCAGGACUACAGUCCUAUGUCAUUUGGUAUAAACUAAAUCAACUUUAUUUAUUGAAUAAAAGAUUUUUACCAC